CCGGGACGCCGCGGGGGUGCCCAUGUCGGCGCCGUUCGAGGAGCGCAGCGGCGUGGUGCCCUGCGCCACGCCCUGGGGCCGCUGGUACCAGACGCUCGAGGAGGUUUUCAUCGAGGUGCGCGUCCCGGCCGGCACGCGCGCCCGCGACGUGCGCUGCGCCCUGCGGAGCCGCCACGUCGAGCUCGCCGUGGGCGGCGAGGAGGUGCUGCAGGGCAAACUGUUUGACUCUACAGUAGCAGAUGAAGGAACAUGGACAUUAGAGGAUCGGAAAUUGAUACGAAUUGUUCUAACCAAGACAAACCGAGAUGCUGGAAAUUGUUGGACAUCUCUGCUAGAAAAUGAAUACGCUGCUGAUCCUUGGGUCCAGGACCAGAUGCAGAGGAAACUCACCCUGGAGCGAUUCCAAAGAGAGAAUCCUGGAUUUGACUUCAGUGGGGCAGAAAUUUCYGGAAAUUACAGCAAAGGAGGACCUGACUUCUCUAGUGUUGAAAAGUGAACUGUCUUCUUUAGGAGAAAUUACACAAUGCACUUAAGGACUGCAAUAUGUAACCAUGGGAGGACUUCAGUGAUCUAUUUAGCACCAAGUUAGUGAUAAUUUUUUUUCUAGGAGAGAAAGAWGAUCUCUUGGAACAGCAUCAAGACAAAGUGUCAGCAGUGGAUUUUUAAGCUGUGGKAACUUGAAAGUAUUACAGACAGAAAAAGGUAUAUUCUUAAAUAACACUUUUCUUUCUUCUCUUACAUUUAGCUUGUUAGUUACAAACAUAUCAUUCGGCUUAGCAUGAGAAUGUGGUCUCACUCAAUUUUGAAGCAUAGACCCAGAACCAAUAUGCUUAACACUUUCUUGCAAGAGGAAGGAUUUAAGGAAGGCUCAGAGUUCUCAAAGAAUGUGUAAAUGUCUUUCUAAACUAGUGAUUUUAGUGAACUAUAGCAUCUUGCAGAAAGUAAGGGUUUGUAAUCCAUUGCUUCGUUGAUUAUAGGGCUGUUGUUUCAUCCCAGCUGCUAUAKUAAGUGAUAGCAGAAGACGAAGGUUUGGUGAAAAACUAUAGCAAGGUGUGCUAAUGUCAAAAUCAGUGCAAGUAUUGGCAAUUUGGAAAUGGGUGGAAUAUUUAAUGACUCUUGAAAUGACAGAAGCCAAAAGAAGUUAUUAAAGACAACUUGUCAAGUAGGAAGUUCUAUUUUGCAUCUAUUAACAAUCAACACAUUUCUUUAGGUAUCAAAGAAGAAGCAGUUCUACAUCUGUCAGUAUGCUGAUAGUUUAUGAUUUUAGAUGAAUUUCAAACUUYGCUCUUGCCCAAAUUGGUAUUAUACAUGUGGAAAUUAUGCAUUGAGAUUUUCCAUUCAAGGAUGCACUUGAACUGUUCCAUCAACAGGAUCAUAAAYGGCUAGUGUUGCAUUGAGACUAACAGAGAACGAAGCCUUAGUGUCAAAUUCCAUUCCUUUAUGAGCACUGAAGUUACUCUGUAGAGUKAGGUUUUGAAGUUGCUUCCCUGGUGAAAAAUAGCCAAAAAAAGGACUAAUACAUUGCUGAACCUUUAAAUAUUCAAGUUACACCCUAAUUUCAGUUGGCAUAUGACAAGAAAGAAAUAACAGCUGGAGCCAACUGCUCAUAUUGUAAUCCUUUCUAAGGACUUGCCUGUUGCAGCAGCCAACACUAAAUACUUCUGAAAUCACCAAUAAUAAAUCUUUUAUGACUGCUAACUUCUAAGUUGUACAGUCUUCUAAGAUACUUGGAGAAUAUGCUCAGAAAAUGUUGUCUCAUUAUUAAGAAAAUGAGAAUAAGACCUAUCAUCAAAUGUUGAUCUAUGGCUAUAUGUUUUACACUUCCCCUAAGUUCUUAGAAUGCAAGGGGGCUGCUGUAGU